AUGUCUGGAGCUCUCGAGGGCAUAUACGAGCCGGGCGUGGUCGACCCCGGCCUCCCGCGGGCGAAUUGGACCAGGCCGUACUGGCACGUCAACCCGCAUGCACUUGCCAACCACAACUCGCCUUGGCCGCAAGAGGUGGCCGACGUUGUCAUCAUCGGAACAGGUAUCACGGGAAUGGCCCUUGCGCGGACGCUCUGCGCCAAGCGGUCCGACCUCAAGAUUGUCGUUCUCGAGGCCCGGACCCUUUGCUCGGGCGCUACCGGGCGCAAUGGGGGCCACAUCAAGACGAUGCUCUUCUCUAUGUGGAACGAGCGGAAGCACGAGUUUGGCAUCGACGAGGCCAUCAAGAUCUCCGAGUUUGAGCAGAGCCACCUCGAGGCCAUUGCCGCUGCCACGGAGGAGGACGGUGCCGACUGCGAUCUCGUCCGCACCACCGGCGUCGAGGCUUACUAUGACCAGGCCGUAUGGGAGAGAGAUGUCCGGGCCCUCGAAGACAUGCGCGUGCACGCCCCCCACCUCGCUGCGCUCCACACCGUGACGACUGACCCGGACGUCCUGCACCGCCAGAUGAGGCUGUCCAAGCGCUGUGUCGGGGCCGUCACCAUCCCUGCCGGCUCCGUCUGGCCUUACAAGUGGAUCUCCAAGGUCUGGGAGACGCUCGUCGGAGAAGACAGGGUCAACCUGCAGACCAACACAACCGUCCAUUCGAUCGACGACGACGACGGCGACGACUUCGCCACCGUCAAGACCGAGCGCGGCAGCAUCCAGGCGAAGAAGGUCGUGCACGCCACAAACGCCUGGAUGGGCCAUCUCCUCCCCGAGAUGCAGCCCUUCAUCUCCCCUGUCCGCGUCAAUGCGGUCCACUGGGCCGCCGACGACGACGGCCAGUCUCCUCUGGGAACUGUGCCAGAGUACUCGGUCUGGUAUAGGUACGGGCGCAAGGACUACGACUAUCUCAUCCAGCGCGAGGACGGCGGUGUCGUCGCCGGCCGCGCAUGCACAGGACGCACCACCACCGGCGAUGACAGCGUGACCGACUUGAUGCCGCACGCCCACCUGCGUGGGUUCCCUUACGAGGCCAUUGCCGAUCCCAAGCCUGAUGCGAGGAUCGACAUGGCCUGGUCGGGAAUCGUCGGCUUUACCCAGGACGGCCUUCCGUUUGUGGGUCCCCUCCCCUUCCCCGGUCGCAGUCACCAGUUCGUCUGCGGUGGUUACCAUGCCACCGGGAUGAUCAAGGGGUUCCGAACCUCUCAGGCCGCCGCAGGUCUGAUCCUGGGUGAGGACCUUCCCGAGGACUUCCCCACUUCUCUGCUGCUGACCGAGGGACGUGUUCGGGAGCUGCGCGCUUCGCUAGAUCGCGGAAACUACCCUUGUUACCGGUCUGUUGCCAAGAUAUGA